AUGGGAGCUAUUCAGAAAGCAGAACUGCAAACAUCACUGAAAGAUGUGACUAUAUUUUGUACCCCUGUCAAUAACACCAUCGAGAAAGGCAGCAGAAAGGUCUCCCUGCCUGAAUACGAUAAUAAUAUUUCUCAAGGCAGCAGCAGUCUUUCUGUUGGAACCAGCUACCAUAGUUGCAUCAGCCAAAUUACAGUAGGUUUUGAUGCUUCUGGCCAGUUCUCAAUUGGACUUUCUCAUUGGAAAAAUUGCUGCUCUCAAGCUUUCCAUCCUCUCCCUUUCCCUUUCUAUGAAGAGGCUGGCAUAAGUCAGUAUGAUGUCCCACAGGCCAAUUUAUCUGCUCCUUUGUCCUGUCCAGCUUCACUUUCUGUCACUCCGGUGCCUUCUUACAGUAACAGCAGCAGUGAGGAUUCGCUUAAUGAAAACCUCACAGGUAAAAGCUUGUGUAUUCAUGGGGCUGAAAAUUGUACACAGGUCUACCACAGGAGAAGUACAGCAAAUAAUUGGCUAUUACAACAUCCAUCUGUGGUUAGGCAUUCUUCAUUUCCACAAGUUAGAAAGUCUAUAAACAUGGAAGCUUCCUCUUCUGGAUUUGUUACAUCACCAAUUUCUCAUCCCACAGAUAGAAGAGAGCAAUAUCAUGGUUGUGAUCUGGAAACACAAAUACCAAUAAGGCCUGAUGUUCAGAAGACACAUGUGGACUUUUCAGAGAUUCUUAAUGCAAUACAAGAAAUAGCCAAGGAUGUCAAUAUUAUUGAUGAAUUAGAAGAAAUAACAAACUCUUCCAAAGAUGAUGACUCUUUGCUUCACCAUGGGAACCUGACUAGUACUUCAGAUAAUACUAGCAGAUUGGUAUCUAUUGAAGAGGAUAUUCCAGAAAAAAAUAAAUCCAGUGGACUAUACUUCAGAGAUGGAGAAUGUCGCAUUGACUAUAUCUUGGUGUACAGAAAAUCUAACCUGCAAGCUGAGAAAAGAGAAGUAUUUGAAAGAAAUAUUCGAGCGGAAGGACUUCAGAUGGAGAAAGAGUCAUCGUUAUCAAACAGUGAUAUCAUCUUUGUGAAGUUGCACCCUUGGGAAGUCUUGGGAAAAUUUGCAGAACUUAUGAAUGUAAGAAUGCCUUUCAGGAGAAAAAUCUAUUACCUGCAUCGACGAUACAAGAUCCUGAACAGAAUUGAGAAGCAAUUAAGCAGGUUUCGAGGAUGGGUACCUAGAAAGCCAAUGAGUUUGGACAAGGAAAGGCCAGAUUUGGAAGAAAAUGACUGCUACACGGCUCCAUUCAGUCAACAAGAAUCAUUCAGUGACUUUAUCAUUCACAAUAAGGACACAUUUUUUAACAAUGCUAUAAGAAGUAGAAUUGUUCAUCAUAUUUUACAAAGAGUGAAAUAUGAAGAAGGAAAAAAUAAACUAGGUCUCAAUCGGUUGCUUACUAAUGGUUCCUAUGAAGCUGCAUUUCCCCUUCAUGAGGGUAGUUACAAAAGUAAAAAUUCAUAAGAGUCAUGGGCAGAACACCACAGGCUACUUUAUGAAUGCUGGGCCUCAUGGAGAGCUUGGUAUAAAUACCAACCUUUGGAUCUUAUACGGUAAACGGUAUUUGGUGAAAAAAUUGGUUUAUAUUUUGCCUGGUUAGGCUGGUAUACAGGAAUGCUAUUUCCAGCUGCCUUCAUUGGACUGUUUGUCUUUUUAUAUGGAGUAGCCACUGACUACUGCCAAGUCAGUAAAGAAAUCUGCCAGGCUACAGAUAUUAUUAUGUGCCCUAUAUGUGAUAAAUAUUGUCCCUUCAUGAGGUUGUCAGAUAGCUGCAUUUAUGCCAAGGUAUCACAUCUUUUUGACAAUGGAGCAACUGUUUUUUUUGCUGUUUUCAUGGCAGUAUGGGCCACUGUUUUUUUGGAAUUUUGGAAAAGAAGACGAGCAGUAAUUGCUUAUGACUGGGACUUAAUUGACUGGGAGGAAGAGGAGGAAGAAAUACGCCCCCAGUUUGAAGCCAAGUACUCCAAGAAAGAGAGAAUGAAUCCUAUAUCCGGAAAACCAGAGCCUUAUCAAGCAUUUGCAGAUAAAUGCAGCAGAAUGAUUGUUUCUGCAUCUGGAAUAUUUUUUAUGAUUUGUGUAGUGAUCGCCGCUGUUUUUGGCAUUGUUAUUUAUCGUGUUGUGACUGUCAGCACUUUUGCUGCCUUUAAAUGGGCUUUAAUCAAGAAUAACUCUCAGGUUGCAACAACUGGGACUGCAGUAUGCAUCAACUUUUGCAUCAUCAUGCUGCUGAAUGUUUUGCAUGAAAAGGUUGCUCUUUUUCUGACAAAUUUAGAGCAGCCUCGUACUGAAUCUGAGUGGGAAAACAGCUUCACUUUGAAAAUGUUUCUUUUUCAGUUUGUUAAUCUGAACAGUUCUACCUUUUAUAUAGCAUUUUUCCUUGGAAGGUUUACAGGUCACCCUGGUGCCUACCUCAGGCUGAUAAACAGAUGGAGACUAGAAGAAUGCCACCCUAGUGGAUGCCUUAUUGAUCUCUGUAUGCAGAUGGGUAUUAUAAUGGUGCUAAAGCAGACUUGGAGCAACUUCAUGGAAUUAGGCUACCCGAUAAUUCAGAACUGGUGGACCAGACGAAGACUGCGACAAGAGUAUGGUUCACAGCAAAAAACAACUUUACCACAAUGGGAAAAAGACUACAACUUGCUGCCUUUGAAUGCCUAUGGACUCUUUGAUGAAUACCUCGAAAUGAUCCUCCAGUUUGGAUUCACAACCAUAUUUGUAGCAGCUUUUCCACUUGCUCCACUUCUGGCUUUAUUGAAUAAUAUCAUUGAAAUACGCGUUGAUGCAUACAAAUUUGUCACCCAGUGGAGACGGCCAUUAGCUUCCAAAGCAAAAGAUAUUGGAAUCUGGUAUGGAAUUCUUGAAGGCAUUGGAAUUCUUUCUGUCAUCACAAAUGCGUUUGUUAUUGCUGUGACUUCAGAUUUCAUUCCACGGCUUGUUUAUGCUUACAAAUAUGGACCAUGUGCAGGUCAAGGAGAGGCUGGACAAAAGUGUAUGGUUGGCUAUCUUAAUGCAAGUUUAUCACUAUUUCUGGUGUCUGAUUUUGAACAUCGUUCAGAGGCAUCAUCAAAUGGAAGUGAGUUUUCUGAUGCAUCUUUAAAAUAUUGCAGGUACAGAGACUAUCGUGAUCCCCCUCAUUCUCCAGUGCCCUAUGGUUACACACUACAAUUCUGGCAUGUCUUAGCUGCACGGUUAGCAUUUAUUAUUGUUUUUGAGCACCUUGUGUUUUGCAUAAAACACUUGAUUUCCUAUUUAAUCCCAGAUCUUCCUAAAGAUCUAAGGGAUCGUAUGAGAAGAGAAAAAUAUCUGAUUCAGGAAAUGAUGUAUGAAGCCGAACUUGAGCGCCUCCAGAAAGAACAAAAGGAGAAGAAGAAAAAUGGAAAAUCUUACCACAAGGAAUGGCCAUAA